UCGCAAUAUUCAUUAUAGAUACAGUUGCUACUAGGGGAGGCUUGGCGCUUGCAGACUUAUUUUGCCGCCAUUUUAAUUUAAAUAUUUUUCCAAAAAAAAGGUUUUUUAAAAUCAACAUGAAAUACUUGUUACUUUUAGCUAGUAUUGUGACUUUAUCACUAGGGCUUCCAUCCAAUUUUGAACAGAUAUCUUUAAAUUAUCAUGAAAAUAUUGGCAUCAAAGAAGCUCUGAGGAUUAGAACAGCUGAGGAAUCAAAGGAUUUUGAUGGCUCCAGGAUCGUCGGUGGAACGGAGACAUAUUUGGGUGGCCAUCCUUAUAUGGGCGGCCUAAUAAUCUCGUUGACGUCAAGCCAAACCUCAGUCUGCGGCUCGACUCUCAUUUCAAACACACGCCUCCUCACCGCAGCCCAUUGCUGGUUUGACGGGAGCAACCAAGCCGCCCAAUUCCUGGUGGUUCUCGCGUCAACCACGCUGUUCUCCGGCGGCACUCGGGUUGUUGCAACCAACGUGGAAACACACGAAGACUUCAACCCGCUUAAUUUGAAGAAUAAUAUCGCUAUUAUUGAAAUUCCUUGGAUUAAUUAUACUCCUCUCAUUCAGUACAUUAGUUUGGCGUCUGGAUCCGACACGUUUGAAGGACAAUGGGCACGCGCAGUCGGAUAUGGCAGGACCGGAGAUAACGCGGAUAUCACAACCAACCAAGCCCUACACCAGGCGUGGCUUCAAGUGAUCCCUAUCGGAGUUUGUGCCGCGACAUAUGGCGCUGAUGUCGUAACAUCUGGUACAUUGUGCACCAGCAGCGCUCAAGGAGUCAACGUGUGUGGAGGAGAUGUGGGAGGACCGCUUACUCUUAAUGGAAGACUGAUUGGUGUGACAAGCUUCGUAUCUGGUUCUGGCUGCGAAAAUGGAUUACCUGCCGGCUUCACUAGAGUCGCAGCCUACGACAACUGGAUCAAGGCUAGAUUGUAGAAUGCCUAGCAUCUCCAAUCAAUUAUCGAGCAAAACUUGUAUGAAAACGAAAUACUUACCUACGAAGAGGAAAAUAAAUACUUAUUCAAUUAUAUGAAGCUAGAUAA